GUAUCUAGCUCUGUGGGUAGUUAUGGGUAAUACACACUGUCUAUAUUAUACACAAGUUUUGCUUGCUUUAAAAUCAGGUUUUAUUCCUCUAGCUGUCACCAGUGAGUAAGGACGCCAUUUGACAACCCGGAGCUGUACGUGAAACGUAGAAAGUCAAUUUUGUGAAAAUAACCCGAAGCUGAAGGAGCUGAAGAAAGAAAUAACACAUCAAUGUGGUUUGGAAGUCACUGAAUUUGGACAUUCUCUGUCACCAGUGAGUAAGGAAGCCAUUUGACAACCAGGGGCUGUACGUGAAACGUAGAAAGUCAAUUUUGUGAAAAUAACCCGAAGCUGAAGGAGCUGAAGAAAGAAAUUAUCAAAUCAAUUUGGUUUGGAAGUCACUGAAUUUGGACAUUCUGUACACAAAAGGUGACCUAAAGAUCCACCAGAAGUUACUUCCCUGUACACCUUUAGUUCUCCCACAUCCACAACCAUGGCAACCAAACACAGCAGCCCCAGUCCACUAAUUCCAGUCAGGGUCAAAGGCCACACAAAGUGUCCGUACCAUAAGGACAAUGAGGUGGUUAUACUCUGUCAGAACUGUGGAUUAUUGAUCUGUACGACUUGUUCCAUAACAAGUCACAAAACCCACAUUGAUAGCUUUCAAGAAAUUUCUAAAAUUACAAAUGAACAAAAAAAUACACUUCUAGACUUAAUGAAUAAAACAGAAAAGAUUGAAAUUCCCAAACUCAAAAAUGAAAUCCAAUCGGCAAGGAACGAAAUUUCGACAAGGGAAUCUAACUACAAAAAACUCUCUGUAAAUAUAAAAAAACAGCACGAUCAAUGUAAACACGAUUUACACAAGGUAAUGGAGGAUUAUUUAGUAAUAUGUAACAAGAUGGAGAAGGGGACCACAGACCUCCUUCAGACUCACAUCACAAACCUGGAGGACAGGUUAGACACUUUAAUGAAACUCUCAUCAGAGUGUAAACAGACCCUCCAGACAGGCACUGCUGUACUUGUGUAUGACUCAGUAUCAGAAAUCCAGGACAUGGACUUAGAUAUCCCACAGACACCUAUUGACAUGACAGGGUUUACUCCAGGUAACGACAGACAAAGUCACCUGGAGCAGGCCAUGGGGGAAAUGAAGACUCCUACCGACCAUCUCCAGGCAGGAUCAGCACCUAGUGGUCACUCCAAACAAGGCCCAGGUGUGAGACCUAAACAGUCCAAAGCUACAGAGACGGGUCAAGCCUCCACUGGAGCAGUCCUGUACAAACUUUGUGACAGUCCAACUGUCAUAUCUCAGUUCUCAUACCCAGAUACUAUCUCAUCAAUCUGUCCUACAACUGAUGGAGGUGCAUGGCUGUGUAAGCAUAAAACCAACACAGUAAACCUCAUCAACAACAAAGGUCAAGUCAUACAGAAGAUAAAACACAACAGUGACAUCACAGACAUCAGUCUGGACCCCACCACAGAUCGUCUGUGGUUCUGUUGUUUAGAUGAGAGGAUUAUCUGUGAAGUAUCUACAUCAUCUACACCAGUCACAAGGUUUACUACAGAGGGGUACCCAUACAGUCUGUGUGUGACCAGGGAGGGUCUGGUAGUGGUGGGUACAUUGGGUAGACAGGGGUACAGGGUGAUGAUGUACACAGUAGACGGCGAGGUGUUACACACAGCCACUGUGGAGGGGUCAGGGACGGGGGCAGUACAGUCCAUCACACAGAGUGGUGUUACAGGUAACAUAGCUAUAGUGAGUAGUAACCUAAUCAGUGGAGACAGUAGUGAUCUAGACAACUACAGGCGUCACAUCAUUGUGUACAACCCAACACUCCAGUCCCUGGUCCACUACGGGGGAGAGGGGAUACCAGCACGGGAGGUGGUCACACCAGACAAGUUUGAUCCAGUAACAGUUGUAUAUGACAGUAAGGGUAAUAUUGUUAUUGCUGACAGGACAAGGGACACAAUAGAACUGAUAAGUGGAGCAGGGAAGUACAUAAAAACACUUCAAACAAACAAAGGACAGGGACAAGUAGGUAUACAGAAGGAUGAUGUGUUGUGGUCAUACUUAGUGUUAGAUACAGGAAAGUGGGGAUUCAGACUUCUCAAGUAUUACAGUGACUGAGGAGUGACUAAACCUGGAGUGAACCACAGACAAAUUAUACCACAUAAAUACAAAAGGACGUUAAUUUUAACAUUUAACUUUGACCUUUGUUAUUAUGAUCUUAUACACUUGAUCAACACUUAUACAGACUAACAAUAUCAUGUUUAAGGAACUAAUGUAAACAUGUCACAGGUUUAUUGUUUACAGGUUUUGUAAAUAGUUUCUGUUACAACUUCUGUUUUGCAGUAUUAUUCCAAAUUAAUGUCAUCAUUAAUGUUUACAAAUCAGCCAUGCUGGAACAUCAGGUCCAUUUAUUUUACUGUGAAAUAUGUUCUUUUCAAUACUCAAGAAAAAUGUUAUUGAUUUCAAAAACCUGCAAUGAAAUCUGAAAUCAGCGUCUCUGUACUAAUGACUUGUUUUCUAGGUGUAUAACCCGACUUCCCUUAUAUCCUGAAGUAGACUAUUCCAAACACCUGAUCUACCCAUAAAUAUUGGGCAUGGACCUUGUGUACAUAUAAAAAGGCAAUGAAACAUUCAUUGUUACAAAUCAGCUAUUCCCAAACAUCAGGUCCAUUUAUUUAUAUCUGUAAUAUGCUCUUUUCAAUAUUCUAAAACAAGGUCAUUGAUUUCAAAACCUGUAAUUAAAUCUGAAAUCAGCGUCUCUGACUUAAGUUGACCUGUUCUCUAGGUGUAUAACCUGACUUCCCUUAUAUCACACCUAAAGUGACCUAUGGUUGAGGUUUUAAUUUGUUGUUACAUGAAGAGAUAGAGAUUUGUAUUGGACAGAUCAAUGAAAUGUUUGCUGCGAGUGUGUAUGAGUCAGAAUCUCUGAACGUGCUGUUAAAUAGGGUCACCUAAGCACUUGGAUAUGUUUGGUUUGAAUGUUAAGAAGAUGCCUCACAAAUAUCAGUAAAGAAAUUAUUUUGUAUGCCAUGCAAGUUGUGUGACAGUGAGUGACCACAACAAAGAUGUUUGAUGCUGUGGUGCAUAAGUUUCUUCCUCACUAAGAGAGAUUUAAGUAUAUCAUUUGUAAAUGUUAUUUAACUUUAAAUCAAUAAUAUAAUAAACUUGUUUAAAAAGUU